AUGGAUCCGGGCGGGCGCGCUCUGGGUCAUGGGGCCGCAGCCAGGGCACUGCUGCUAGGGGUGGUAGCCGCGAAGGGGCUUAAAGAAGACCUGAGGGUCGCGGCUGCCUGGGCCCGGCGAUGCCUGUCCCGGAUCCCAAAGCAGGAAGGCCUUGGGAGGAAGAGGUGGAGACGGGAGACGAGCUCUCAUGGCUUGACAGUAAUUCACCUUGCUGCCUGGUCUGGAAGCCUUGAGAUCAUGCUCAUGCUAGUGAAAGCUGGUGUGGACCAGAGAGCCAAGAAUCAGGAUGGGAUGAAUGCCCUCCACUUUGCAGCUCAGAGCAAUAACGUACAAAUCGUUGAGUACCUCAUUCAAGAUCUGCACCUGAAGGACCUGAACUGCCUGAUGAGAAAGGAAGAAAGCCAUUUUUUUUUGGCAGCUGAAAAGGGCCAUGUUGAAAUGAUUGAAAAACCUAUCUCCUGUAAUCUGCACACUUCAGAAAAGGACAAGGAAGGAAAUACUUCCCUGCAUCUUGCUGCAAAACAUGAUCACAGUCCUGCAGUACAGGUACUGCUAACUCAGUGGCAAGAAAUAAAUGAGACCAACAAGUUCAAGGUCAAUGCUUUGCAGAUAGCAACACAGAAUGGCCAUGGAUCGCUUGUCAAUUUGCUCCUCGGGAAAAAUGUUGAUUUGCACCAGAAAGUAGAACCUAAGGAGUCUCCUCUUCAUUCAGCUGUUAUCAACAACCACAUCACUGUUGUAAACAGCCUGUUAACUGCACAACAUGAUAUUGACAUCUUAAAUCAGCAGCGGCAAACUCCUUUGCAUGUAGCUGCCAAUCUUGGAAAUGUAGAACUGGUGGAGACCCUCCUGAAGGCAGGCUGUGACCUGAAGAUUGUUGAUAAGCAAGGAAAGAAGGCUAUGGCCGUGGCUGCCAGGAGCAACCACAGCCUUGUUAUGGACAUGAUUAUUAAAGCAGAGAGAUACUAUGCCUGGAGAGAGGACCAUCAUGAGAACAUUGAGGACUCUUCAAUCAGGUUUACUCAUUUAUCAUUCAAACAAGAUCACAGUCUGGAGACUAGACACAUUCGCACUUGCCUCUGAAACCUGGCUUACCAUCAACUAAAGGCCAAUGAGUGGCAGAAGCUGACCCAUCUGUGGAACUUCACAGAUGACCAGAUCCGAGGCAUUUAGGAGCAGUCUUCAGGAAAUGAAAGCUUCCGUGAACAAGGACACAGAGCUCUGCUCAUCUGGCUGCAUGGGAUCCUGAUGACGCAGGUCAAUCCAGUCAAGCACUUCUAUGAAGAGCUGAGACUUGCAGGUUUCCCAGAACUAGCUGAUAAGUUAAUCCAUCAAUUCAAAAGCAAAACUGACUCAAGCUCCAAGAAAUGUGCAGUUUCAUAA